AUGACGGAAGCGACAACAGACGAUGCGGCCGCCCAGCGCGCGGCGGAACAAGUUCGAAUCCGUAAGGCCAAGCGGGAGGCCAAGAUUCGCGCCGGCGGUGCGUCGAGAUUGAACAAGAUCACCGGUUUAGGUGGAGGAUUCCAGCGAGAUGAUCCCGCUCCCACUCCCCCGUCGACCACAUCAUCCCCGGCCCCCUCAGCGACAUCGGGCCUCCCUAAGCCCAACGCGAGCUCCGAACAUGCAGACCCUGAGGAGAUCGACAUCUCCCAGCACUACUACGAGCCAGUCUCAACUCCCCGUCCCUCUGCCACAGGCCCUCCCCUCGACCCCAACGCCAUGACCGAGGACCAGCUGCGCCAGAUGAUGCUUGGCUUCGACAGACCUGGUCCCGGCGGCGCAGGCGGAGCCCCGCACAUGAACCCUUUUGCGGGUCCCGGCGGCAUGGGGGCAGGCGGCAUGCCCGGCGGCGAGGACGACCCUCUGAUGAAGAUGCUCUCACAGAUGAUGGCUGGCGGAGGAGGUCCCGGCGGCAUGCCCGGGUUCCCCGGAGCCGGCGGCGCGCAGGGUGGCUUCCCUGCCGGAUUCCCUGGAAUGCCUGGAAUGCCUGGCAUGCCCGGCAUGCAAACGCCCGAGCAGGCCAAGGCCUCAUCAUCUGCAUACCUCUGGCGCAUCGUCCACGCCGUCUUCGCCAUUUCCCUGGGCUUGUACAUAGCCCUGACGACGACCUUUUCCGGCACCAAGCUUGAGCGAGAGCGUACGGCGCUGGCAUACAACUACCCCGCCGGUAGCGACGAAGCGGUCACUGACGUCAACAGCAUGGAGAAGGGCCGCGAAGUCUUCUUCUGGAUCUUCGCAACGACCGAGGCCAUCCUGCUCACCACGCGGUUCUUCAUCGAGCGUGGCCGCGCGCCGGCCGGAGGCAUGCUGUGGACUGUUGUUGGGUUCUUGCCCGGUAACAUCAAGACCUAUGCGGCGACACUACUCCGAUACGGACAGAUUUUUGCCACGGUCAGGAGUGAUAUCCUUGUCUGUAUUUUCGUCUUGGGUGUCGCUUCGUGGAUACGUGGUUGA